CAUUUCCGGCUUGGUUUGACUGACGGAAACUCCAACAAGUGACGUAGUGUUUGUAGUUGUUAGCUGGCUUUUUGUAGUGUUAAUCUUGGAUUGUCAGAGCAGACGUGAGUAAGACCAUGAUAUCACGGGGCUGAAUGGACAGAGGAAGACUUGCCCGAAACACCCGGGCCCUAACAAGGAUGGAAAAAACUUAUAAGUUUAAUUUGGACGUCUGCUAUCAGUUCUACUUUGAUAAGGACGAAAAACCAGCGAAUUACACCCCGUCGGAAACGACUGCGCAGCCUACCACUAAAUCGGCCAAUAGAAACGCAGAUAAAUCUGUAGAGCCUGGGUUCUGGAGCUUGUACCUUGUCCCUGUUAUAGCGGGAAUAGCGGCCUUUGUUGUGGUGGCCUGUGUUAUCACCGUGUGCUGUCUGUGCGCAAAGAGGGAGCGAAAGAAAAGAAAGGUGAUUGAAGGCGAGUACAAGAUAGUGGCCAGUACGCUGACCAAUAUCACGGACUCAGAGGAUGGGUGUACUUACGAAACUCUCAGCAUGAGAGAUCCAACUUAUAACCAUGGACUAAAACUGCCAACUCGGAAACAGAAAGGCAAAAUAAAAGGCGUGACCAACCCUUUCUCCGCCAUGCGGCGCCUGCUGAGUGAGGAUGGAGAGAGCACCGGAAGUACGGACACCACCAUUACCUACACCACGGACUACAAGCGAGCUCAGCCACUUCCGGCUAUACCGGAAGCAAUCAAUAACAAGGACACGGUGAAAGCCAUUGAUGACUAUACGGAGAUCGGCUCAGACAGUGUCAAAGACCGUGCCCGUAACGAAUACCAUCACCUGGCGUCUUCCAAAAGAAUGCAGAUGGACUACGUGGACGGUAACCCGUAUGAUGCUCUCAGACAAAGCCAGAUUCUAAAAUACGAGUCAGACGCCAAGGCAACAGGCGAGUACUUUGUUUUAGAAUCAAACAACAUUGACACUAACGUCGCAGAAGCACCAACAAUCAAUCAAAGCGAUGGGUAUUUCUGUCUGGAGAAAGUGAACAGAGUUAAUUCGGAAAGUGGGUUGUGCAAAACUAACUCUCAAGGCGUUAUAAUCCCUACUGAAUCUGUGCGUGCACUUGAAAAUAAUUCUGAGCCAAGACUCAGCACCGAAAACGCCGAGAGAGACCCAAAUGUGAAUAGUGAAAUAGUUAUUAGUGUGAAUUCAGAACCAAAAAAUCCCAACACGAAAAGUCAACAAGUGGAAGUAUCGAACAGGUUGAGUAAUACUUAUUUCACGCUGGCCAAAGAGAGCGAUUCAAACGCUAAACCAACUCAAACCUCUUUGCCGUCCAAUGAAUACUUAGAUCUGGAAAACGCGGCGGGAAAUUCAAAUCGGACAUCAUACCUAGAGGCUUCGGAACUCCAAAAACAUAACUACGUGGAUUUAGUGGCUGAUUUCUCUCACGGUCAGAAAACAAAAGUCGGCAGUAUUCCUGCCUACGCACAAGUGAAAAAAUAGUGUGAUCUACUUGUGUUUCAAUGCGACAUAUGUUUUUGGUGAUAACGUGUCCGCUUUGCUUUUAAGAGGAAGGCGACCCUUGAAGUAAGAGGCCUCUGAACUUAACAAUGAACUCCACUGUGAUCCAAGGGAAUGCUUGAGAUCUCCCAGUGAUAUUAAUUUGUCGAACAAAGUCAUGUUAAGUUUAUACGAGCUUCUCUACAAAAGAGAGGAUGAAGGGAUCUUGCUUAAAUCAGAUUGUUGUUUUUUUUUUUAUGAAAGGACUGCUUUUUAAUUUUUAUGUGUUUUUUUUUUUAUUUGAAGCAUACCGUUUUUUAAUAGGACAUUAUAUUAAUUAUCUAAUUAAGCUUUGAGGGCUUUGGACUUUUUAUAACAAAUUGCUUACAAUUACUGACGUUGAUUAACUAUAUAUUUAAAACAUCGUUAUGUCUUGAGUUUAUUUUGACAAUACAGCAAUGAAUGAUAUAUAAUCGGUCGACACUGAUAUAUGAAUACAUACUUAACUAUAGAUUUCAAACUAUGAUAAAUAUAAAUAUUAAACUAAAUAAUUAUAUAAUUGGAAUAAAUGAUGUGCAAAUAUA